CAAUUAUUGAGCUGUAGUUUUACUCUGAACGCCGUUGUUUCCUCGAAGGCUAGGGUUUACUCCUCGAAGCGCGAGUUGGGAGUUAUUUAUCGGAUACUUAAGGUUCGAUAUUUGAAGUUCUCCCAAGUGGCGAUUUCUGUAAAUUAAGCGGAAAUGGAACCCUUUUUUGAGUUACGGAGUUUUGGGAGGGUUUCAAAGGUUGUCUGGUGGAAGGGGAGUAAUUAGGGUUUCGUUGUUUCUAUUGAUUUGUAGGGAUAUUUUGAACUUAAUUUGUUCAUUUUCAUAGGCGGAAGUGGAAAAUUAUGGGUUCUGUAGGGCAAUUUGAAAUCUAGGGUUUCUCUAAUGAGCUCUGUGAAAUUUAUAGUUGGGGUUUCUUUUUGAAGUAGAAGCAGUAUUUUUAAGCUUAAAUCAUAGGACUUUCUUGCAUUUAGAAGUGAGGAAGUUGUAUGAACAAAUUGGGAUUAUAUUGAGAGAGAAAUGUUUUAUUCACAGUUUAUAUUGGCAAAGAAGGGUCCAUUGGGGACUAUAUGGAUAGCAGCACAUCUGGAGAGGAAGCUUCGAAAGAAUCAGGUGGCCGAUACCGACAUUGGUGUCUCUGUUGACUCUAUUCUUUUUCCUGAAGUACCAAUUGCACUACGAUUAUCCAGUCAUCUUCUUCUUGGAGUGGUGAGGAUAUAUUCUAGAAAGGUGAAUUACCUUUUUGAUGAUUGCAGUGAAGCCUUGCUUAAGAUAAAGCAGGCAUUUCGCUCCACUGCAGUUGAUUUACCACCAGAAGAAUCGACUGCGCCCUACCAUUCAAUCACUUUGCCGGAGACUUUUGAUCUUGAUGACUUUGACCUGCCUGAUAAUGAGAUUUUUCAGGGUAACUUUGUUGAUCAUCACGUUAGCUCAAGAGAGCAGAUUACACUUCAAGACACCAUGGAUGGCAUGGUUUACUCGACAUCACAAUUUGGAUUGGAUGAGCGGUUUGGUGACGGUGACACUUCUCAGAUUGGUCUGCUUGAUGAGGAGCUAGUCCUAGAUAGGGUUGGAGCGCCAGCAAAUGGAGUUUUGGUGUAUGAUCUUCAAGGGUCAGAUGUAAUACAGAAACAAGAUCCAAGUAAUUCUGAAGAUGUGCAAAUGGAUUGCAGUGGGGAUCAGGUUGAAGGUCUAGUUGCAAAUUCUGAAUUUGUUGAGUACGAUCAGGAUCCAGGUACUCCUGGAUUAGUGGAAGUGUCUGGUGUUCAUGAGGCACUGGCUGGUGUUGUUCAUGUGGAACCAGAACAUCACAGUCUUCUAGAAUUGGCCAACUCUGAUUGUGUAGAAAAUGCUUCUAAUAAAUCGAUUCUUCCCCAUGAGGAUAACAAUCCUGUGGAUCAGUCUUUGCAAAAUGAUUUAAGUGAUGAUGCUAUAGUUAAUGUGCCUCCUGAGAGUGGCUGUCAUAUUGGUGACAUGGAGAAAGAACAAACUAAGCCACAAGUAAAUUCUUUCUGUGAUGCCAUGUCUGUGGAAUACACUUCUGCUGUUGGGACUAUCAGAGCACCUGAUGGUUUGGAUAGGUUGGAAGAUAUGCAUAAUGGUAGUAUGCACUCAAUGGAUAGAACUGAUGGGGAAUGUGCAGAAUCUCCUAGCUGCUCCAAUGUCACCUUUGAUUUGGAGGACCCUGUUCGAAGAACAUGCUCAAGUAGCAACUGUGUGCCGACAUCACAUGGCUAUUUGGAGAAUGAUCAAGCAUCACAUAAAUUGGAAUUUGGCAAUGAUGCUGAAACCACUGAUAAUUUGGAGGAGUCAUGCUCACCUGCCACAGCAAUAGCGUCAAAUCCUUCGUGUCCGUUGGAAUCACCCAGUAGACCAACAGUUAUUGAUGGUGAAGCUCAAGCUUGUAAGGAACCAAAUGAUUCUGGAAAUCUUAAAAAACCUGUUAUUGACGAAGAGGUCUCAUCUGUUCAAGUUCUUGGAAGUGACAAUUUGGCUUCUGCAGAGCAAAACUCAGUGGAUUUGUCCAUAAGGAAGGAAGAAGUUCAUGCUUCUGGGGCUUCCAUUGAGGUGCAAGCUUCCAUCUUUGCAGGUGAAGCCUGUCAAAUGCAGAUGUCAGAACCUGCUUUAUGUGAUGAUCAGUGGGAAAAUUCAAAUAAUUGUAAUAUGUCUUACUUGCCUGCACCUGAAAAGUUACUCUCUGCACCAGAAGGACCUCUUGAUAAACCAAGUGAUUUGCUGGUUGAAUCUACCCCAGACAAAGAGGUCCUAGCAGGGAAUGAUGAAAUUGAUGCUGGAACCAAACUCAUUUCUGGAAAAAAGCGAAGUAUAACUGAAAGUACACUGACCAUAGAGAGUAUAAAUUCAGUUGAAUCAUUUGGAAGGCCUCGAUACCGGGGAAUUGCUGAAUCAGUUCCUGAUGAUGAUGACUUGUUGUCUUCUAUUUUAGUUGGAAGAUCUUCGGUUUUCAAAAUGAAAACAACUCCUCCUCUUGAAGUAGCAUCAAUGAAACGUGCACGGUCUGCUCCAAGACCUAGUGCCACCAAGAGAAAAGUGCUUAUGGAUGAUACUAUGGUCUUACAUGGAGAUACAAUACGUCAGCAGUUGGUUAAUACUGAAGACAUACAUCGUAUACGCAAGAAAGCACCUUGCACUCGCCCUGAAAUUUCAUUGAUUCGGAGACAAUUCUUGGAAGAUGAAAUCUUUAGCGAACCUAUAUUUACUGGUAUGUCAGGUGACCUGGCAUGUUUGUGCAGUGAACCAUAUGAUAUAAGCGGUAUCAGAAUUUAUGAAAGUGAUGAAAGCCAUUUCUCACCUGUCUCAGUUAAGGAUUCAGGGUGUUCUGUGAGGCCUAAUAUUGCUGAAGAAGGUGGAAUUGAAGGAAGCUCUGUACCUGUGGUUCAUGGAAAUGAUUUACAAGCAGAAUCUGCUGGCACAUCUUUUCAGACUGAUACUCAGCAGGGUGAAUACAGUGAUCUGAAUGCUCAGCAUGUACCUCAACUUUUGCAACAUGAACCUUUAGAUGGGAUCACGGAAAUGGAAAUUGACAAAGAUAACGUUGAAGUUGCUAAUGCAGCAAAUCAAUCUGUUCUGAACGAGUUUGGGGUAUCAACCCCUACUAAUUCCGUUACUGGAGAUACUAGUAACAUGACAGCUGGGGAGAUAACCAACACCAUAGAUGGUUACAUGUUAAACAAUGCUACUUGCCAUCCAAAUAAUCAAAAGAUGAGUACUCAAACUUGGGAGGAUGCUUUGGAAUUGGAUAUGAGAAAUGACAAGGGAAGUAAUCCUUCUAAAGUUUUAGAACAUGAUGUUGACAGCAUUAUUGCAGCUGAAACUGAAUCAAAAGCAACUGAUAAGUUUUUCUUGGAAGAAAGUAAAGUCAGUGCAUCAGUUGAAGUCAGUAUGGCUGACUGCAGUGCUCCUAGUGAAAAUGGAAUUAAUUCUCUUGCGACUAUACAGACCGGUGAGUCUCUGAAUGGUGCCCAAAAUGCAUAUGAAACUGGAUAUGUUAAGGUUGGUGUAGUAGAUGAGGCUCAAGUUGACGGUGCACCCUUGGAUCAUCAUGACAAUGACCCAAUCUGUAAGGAUACUGAAGAAUGUAAAAUGUAUUCUACAUAUCCAGAAAAAGUUGAUGUGGCUUCAUUAAAUGAUGGACAAACUCCAAACUUUAAGGAAGUUUAUGCAGUCAAUGAAGUGACCCCUCUUGUGGAUAAUCACGCGGAAUUUGAGGAUGUUGCAGUUGCAAAUGAUACAGAAUUUCUGAAUGUAGAUGAUGAUGAGCUAGGUGAGGAUGAUGAUGGUGGCAUGCCAUGUGGUGAUGAAAGUCAUCUUCUUGAAAAUAGUGGAUGGUCUUCUCGUACCAGGGCUGUUGCCAAGUAUCUGCAGAAUUUAUUUGAUGAUGAAGCUGUACGUGGACAUAAGGUACUAUCUAUGGACAGUCUUUUGGCUCGUAAAACAUGUAAAGAAGCGUCCAGGAUGUUUUUUGAAACACUGGUUCUUAAAACAAGAGAUUACAUCCAUGUAGAACAGGGGAAACCCUUUGACAACAUUUGUAUAAAGCCUCGAGCAAAGCUCAUGAAGUCAGGUUUCUGAUCCCUUUUAUAGGAAAAAGCAGAUACUGUGAAAAGUUCCUUGUUGUAGUUCUAGUUCUGAUGCUCAGCCCGCAUCGGUAAUUGUUUUGUUUCAAAAUGUUCCUUUUUUUUUUUAAUUUUGAAAAUUAGUUAUUGGUUUGAUAGCUUAACAGUGGGGAGGGAUGGUACGUCAUGAUGGUGAUUGAGACGACUUUAGCUGGACAAUAAUUUUGUGUAUAUAUGUGUAAAAUAUCUGAAUUUGCAAAUGAAGAUUGCUAAUUUAUUUGUUUUGA